AUGACGAAGAAGUUCCUGAACAUACUCAAGUGUAUUGCCACUCUGACAAAGCAUGGUAUUCUUGAGAAGAAAAAGAAGUUUGACACCCUCCUUGCCUUCACCAAUAACUUGAACUGGACGAAGCAGUUCCUCUCGGCCUCAUCAGUUGAGGUUGGACAACAGUUCCUGGAUGAUUGGGAGAACAAUUCCGAAGUUACAUCAGAAAGAAAGUAUCAGGGAAGCGAAAACAGGAUGUGGAAGUACCAGAAAAGGGAGCCAGUUCCUGAAAGUAGUGUUGAAGUUGCCUCGAAUUCUGAAUCGAAUUCACUGUCAGUGAGUGGUUUUCAGCAGACAUCUGCCCAUGUGCAACUGCAAGAGCCUGGUUCUGAUAAUCAGCAGGAAAGGAAGCCUGCUCCUGGUAGUUCACUUAAAAGUCAUGAACAUAGUGCAGAUGUAAGUGAUCCAGGUAAUGGUACUAAGUGUACUGUUGAAGGUGACUUUAAUUCUGAGUCAAAUGCCCUGUCAGUGAAUGGUUUUCAGCAGACAUCUGCCCAUGUGCAAGAGCCUGGUUCUGAUAAUCAGCAGGAAAAGGAGCCUGCUCCUGGUAGUUCACUUGAAAGUCAUGAACAUAGUGCAGAUGUAAAUGAUCCAGGUAAUGGUCCUAAGUGUACUGUUGAAGGUGACUUGAAUUCUGAGUCAAAUGCCCUGUCAGUGAAUGGUUUUCAGCAGACAUCUGCCCAUGAGCAAGAGCCAGUGUUUGAUGAAGUUGUUACGGAGUCACCAGAUCGUGGAACCUUCCAGGAAACCAUUACUGCUUUAAGUUCUAGUCUUGGUUCUGAUGAUGAAAGGAACCAUAAUCCUAGAGGGGAGAAGGUUGAAGAACAGGUUUCUUGCAGUGAUGUCAUUGAUGAUUCACGUUUAGAUUCUGAUUUCGUCCCAGACCCAGAGUCCAGUCAUGAAAGUGAUUCAGAGUCUUCUUCUAGUGAAGGUACGGUGCGGUCUUCGAAGAAGAAGUUGAGAGGGAAAAAAACGAAUAUGUUGGUACAGAAAACCUCAGCUGCAGAGGAAACCCAUCAAAAGAUUGCAAAUUCACCCUCGUCCUCAAUGGUCACGGAAGAUGAUGAUGAUUCGGCUUUCGUUCCCAUAGACAGUGCUUCAGAAUUUGAGGAUGAAGAUGAUGAUGAUGUCAUUAUCAUAUCCCAAGAAACAGAAGCUGCUUUAAAUCAUGUACUUAGGUCACGUAAUGAGGAUAAAAAACUUACGUUGAAAAAGGAAAAUAUCAAAUUGGAAGAUGAUGUACAGGCUGCAAAAUCAGAUCAAGAUGACUCUGGUAAUGAUCCAGAUGAGGUUACUCGGACAUGUCAGAGAGAUGCUGAAGGAGAUUCUGAUUCAGAUUCUACUGAAAAUCCUCAGUUACCUAGAAAGAGCUCGUCCCAUGAGGAGAAAACCAGUGUUCAAUCAGAGAUGAAGUAG